AUGAGCGCAGACAGCAGCCCCCUCGUGGGCAGCACGCCCGCCGGCUAUGGGACCCUGACGAUAGAGACAUCUGUAGAUCNGCCCCCCCCUGGGCCCUCUGUGUGGCGUUGGCAGAGGCUCAGCGGCUACUGUGGCAGUCCAUGGAGAGUCAUAGGCUAUCACAUCGUGGUCUGGCUGAUGGCGGGCAUCCCUUUGCUGCUCUUCCACUGGAAGCCGGUGUGGGGGGUGCGGCUGCGGCUCCGGCCCUGCAACCUGGCCCGCGCAGAAACACUCGUCAUCGAAAUAAGAGACAAAGAGGAUAAUUCGUGGCAGCUGUAUACAGUGCAGGUGCAGACUGAGGCUGUCAGUGAGGGCAGCCUGGAGCUGCCGGCACAGGGCCCGGAGGACGGCCGGAGCCAGGCGGCGGUGGGGGCAGUCCCAGAGGGUGCGUGGAAGGACACCGCCCAGUUCUGCAGGAACGAAGAGGCACGGACGCUCCGAUACUACGUCUUCCGGGGCCAGCGCUUUGUCUGGAUCGAGAGCCGGCAGGCCUUCUGCCAAGUCAGCCUGCUGGACCACGGCCGCACCUGUGACGACGUCCACCGCUCUUGCUCCGGCCUCACCCUCCAGGACCAAACCGUGAGGAAGACCAUCUACGGCCCCAAUGUGAUCAGCGUGCCGGUCAAGUCCUAUCCGCAGCUGCUGGUGGACGAGGCACUGAACCCCUACUAUGGGUUCCAGGCCUUCAGCAUCGGGCUGUGGCUGGCGGACCGCUACUACUCGUACGCCCUGUGCAUCUUCCUCAUUUCCACCGCCUCCAUCUGCCUGUCGCUCUACAAGACCAGAAAGGUGGGGGGGGAGCGGGGGAGGGGGCGGGGCAGGGGUCCCCCAGGGGGCCGCCGCCCGGUGUGGGGGGUGCGGCUGCGGCUCCGGCCCUGCAACCUGGCCCGCGCAGAAACACUCGUCAUCGAAAUAAGAGACAAAGAGCGGACGCUCCGAUACUACGUCUUCCGGGGCCAGCGCUUUGUCUGGAUCGAGAGCCGGCAGGCCUUCUGCCAAGUCAGCCUGCUGGACCACGGCCGCACCUGUGACGACGUCCACCGCUCUUGCUCCGGCCUCACCCUCCAGGACCAAACCGUGAGGAAGACCAUCUACGGCCCCAAUGUGAUCAGCGUGCCGGUCAAGUCCUAUCCGCAGCUGCUGGUGGACGAGGCACUGAACCCCUACUAUGGGUUCCAGGCCUUCAGCAUCGGGCUGUGGCUGGCGGACCGCUACUACUCGUACGCCCUGUGCAUCUUCCUCAUUUCCACCGCCUCCAUCUGCCUGUCGCUCUACAAGACCAGAAAGGGCCCCCACUUGCCCGCAGAGGAGGAAUGGGUGGAUUCCAGCGAGCUGGUGCCGGGAGACUGCCUGGUGCUGCCCCAGGAAGGCGGGCUGGUGCCCUGCGACGCAGCCCUGGUGGCCGGCGAGUGCAUGGUCAACGAGAGCUCGCUGACAGGGGAGAGCGUCCCAGUACUGAAGACGGCCCUGCCGGAGGGGCCUACGCCCUACUGCCCAGACACCCACCGGCGGCACACGCUCUUCUGUGGGACCCUCGUCCUGCAGGCGCGGGCCUUCGUGGGACCCCAUGUCCUGGCAGUGGUGACUCGAACAGGGUUCUGCACAGCCAAAGGGGGCCUGGUGAGCUCCAUCUUGCAUCCCCGGCCCAUCAACUUCAAGUUCUACAAACACAGCAUGAAGUUCGUGGCUGCUCUCUCUGUCCUGGCUCUCCUUGGCACCGUCUACAGCGUCUUCAUCCUCCACUGCAACCGGGUGCCUCUGAAUGAGAUCGUGAUCCGGGCCCUGGACCUGGUGACGGUGGUGGUGCCCCCUGCCCUGCCGGCCGCCAUGACCGUGUGCGCGCUCUACGCCCAGAGCCGCCUCCGGAGCCAGGGCAUCUUCUGCGUCCACCCGCUGCGCAUCAACCUGGGGGGCAAGCUCCAGCUGGUGUGCUUUGACAAGACGGGCACCCUCACGGAGGACGGCUUGGAUGUGAUGGGUGUGGUGCCCCUAAAAGGGCAGGCGUUCCUGCCUCUGGUCCCAGAGCCCCGCCGCCUGCCCGUGGGGCCCCUGCUCCGAGCACUGGCCACCUGCCAUGCCCUCAGCCGGCUCCAGGACACCCCCGUGGGCGACCCCAUGGACCUCAAGAUGGUGGAAUCUACUGGCUGGGUCCUGGAGGAGGGGCCGGCUGCAGACUCGGCGUUUGGGACCCAGGUCUUGGCGGUGAUGAAACCCCCGCUCCAGGAGCCCCAGCUGCAGGGCAUGGAGGACCCCCUGGUGCCCGUCAGCAUCCUCAGCCGCUUCCCCUUCUCGUCAGCCCUGCAGCGCAUGAACGUGGUCGCGGCGUGGCCGGGAGCCGCUCAGCCGGAGGCCUACGUCAAGGGCUCCCCUGAGCUGGUGGCCAGCCUCUGCAAGCCUGAGACAGUGCCCCCAGACUUCGCCCAGACGCUGCAACACUACACGUCCGCUGGCUACCGCGUCGUGGCCCUCGCCGGCAAGCCGCUGCCCGUCGCACCCAGCCUGGAGGCCGCUCAGCAGCUGACGAGGGAUGCCGUGGAGCGGGAGCUGAACCUCCUGGGGCUGCUGGUGUUGCGGAACCUGCUGAAGGCCCAGACCACGGCGGUCAUCCAGGCUCUGCGGAGAACGCGCAUCCGCACCGUCAUGGUGACAGGGGACAACCUGCAGACCGCGGUCACGGUGGCCCAGGGCUGCGGCAUGGUGGGCCCCCAGGAGCGCCUGGUCAUCAUCCACGCCACCCCCCCUGAGCGAGGCCAGCCUGCCUCCCUCGAGCUCCUGCCAUUGGAAUCGUCCGCAGCUGUGAACGGGGCUAAGGAUCCUGACCAGGCUGCCAGCUGCCCCGUGGAGCCAGACCCCCGAUCCUGCCACCUGGCCCUCAGCGGCCCCACCUUUGAUGUCCUUAUGAAGCACUUCCCCAAGCUGCUGCCCAAGGUCCUGGUCCAGGGCACUGUCUUCGCCCGCAUGGCCCCCGAGCAGAAGACCGAGCUGGUGUGUGAGCUGCAAAAGCUCCAGUACUGCGUGGGCAUGUGCGGGGACGGCGCCAAUGACUGCGGGGCCCUGAAGGCGGCAGACGUGGGCAUCUCGCUGUCCCAGGCCGAGGCCUCGGUGGUCUCACCGUUCACCUCGAGCAUGGCCAGCAUCGAGUGUGUGCCCAUGGUCAUCAGGGAAGGCCGGUGUUCCCUCGACACCUCGUUCAGCGUCUUCAAGUACAUGGCCCUGUACAGCCUGACCCAGUUCAUCUCCGUGCUCAUCCUCUACACGAUCAACACCAACCUGGGCGACGUGCAGUUCCUGGCCAUCGACCUGGUCAUCACCACCACGGUGGCCGUGCUCAUGAGCCGCACGGGGCCGGCGCUGGCGCUGGGGCGGGCGCGGCCCCCAGGGGCCCUGCUCAGCGUCCCCGUGCUGAGCAGCCUGCUGCUGCAGGUGACGCUGGUGGCCGGCGUGCAGCUGGGGGGCUACUUCCUGACUGUGGCCCAACCCUGGUUCGUGCCUCUGAACAAGACCGUGCCGGCGCCAGACAACCUGCCCAACUAUGAGAACACCGUGGUCUUCUCUCUGUCCAGCUUCCAGUACCUCAUCUUGGCCGCUGCCGUGUCCAAGGGGGCGCCCUUCCGCCGGCCGCUCUAUACCAACGGUGCCGCUGCGUGGCCAGGCCGGGGGCGGGGCGCCGGGACUGCGCACGGGGACCAGAGACGCUGCCAAGCCCGUGGUGUGGCCAAAGACUGCAGUUCCUGA